AUGAGAGAACUGGGGGCGUCAAUGGAGAGUUUGUCCCUAGAAACGCCUACGGUGCGUGAUGGACUUGUGGAUGUCACUGCACUGUUUAUGGAGAUGGGCAAGAAGUUGAAGCCCGAGACUAUUGUGAAAGAUUCAAAGUUUAACUUGUUUGAUGGGACACACUCAUUGGAGGUGAAUAACGAGAAACUGGAUUCAACGAUGAUACAAUUGACACCAGAGGAGUUGCAAUUUGAUGUUGGUGUGGCGUAUGGGGAGGAGCUUGAUGCCAGCACGGAUGAUCCCAGCAAAUUGGAUAUAGUGAUAGCUAUAUCAGAUCGACUUUUGAGAUCAAUCAUCUCAUGGCUUAAUGAUUAUCAAUCUCUGCCGACAACUGUACUGAGUUGCAUAUAUGUGGAACACGUACUGAAAUACUACAUGAUGGAUGAGAAUGCAGACCAAAACGACAUAACCUGCUUAGAGACAGGCGAUCCAUUUUAUGACCAAGUGUUGAACAGUAUAAUUAUUGGAGUGUGCAAUUUUAUGGGAUUUAUGUAUAAAGUUCUCACCGCGGGAGUUAUAUUUGAAGAGGAAGAUCUAAAUUUCAACCACAUGGGACUCAAUAACUUUAGUAUGCUUCCGGGUAUAAAUGAAUCAUUGCGUGCAUUGGAGGUAAGUAGAACGUAUUUAGAUAAUUUGUUGGAUACUAUGCCCAGCCAUGAUUCCAAAAUCAAUAGACUACGAUUAUUGUUGAAUGUUACCGAAACUUUGGUAAAAUUCGAAUAUCUAGUCGAUUGUUCCUCUGAGAAAGGGGAGCAACUAUUGAACGUGUUGGAGACAUCAGCAAAGUCACUCAUUGAGCAGGGACCUUUUUCAAUUCCGCCACCUUUGGGUGCUUUUUCGAUGGGUAUCCAAAGAAAGUUAACGAACCAAUUUCCACCAAAGAAAUUAAUAGAGCCCAAGUUUAACUUUGCGGGUUAUAUCAUUAUUUCAGAACAUGUUAAGUUGGUUAAUAAGCUGAAGACUUUGAAUACUGCUAAGGAUAUAUUUACGUUUGCACUUUAUUUCAACAAAUUGAGUCAAAAACAUGUUCUUGCAAGGGCAUUGUUCUCUUUAAUAUUGAUUAAGCCGGAUCAAUCAAUUCUUAAUAAGCAUUCAAUCAUCGAUUUUCUUCAGAUGCACCUUAAAGAAAUAUCGGGAAGAGACUGGAUUAUCGGAGAAGCUAUAGAUUAUGAAUUACAAGGCAUAUUACAGGAAGCUGGCAAUGUUCUUCUUGAGUUCUAUCAAAAUGCCGCACAGAAUACCUGUAGAUAUCGACAGGGUUACAACAGACAAAUUUUGUUAUGGGAUUCGUUGCAAGCACAAUUAGAAUCCAAGAGUUCUGAUAUUUCAGUGUCACAGGCAGACAUUGAUACAGUUACGGGAGAUAAAGAAGAGGGAUCUGUUUUUAUUUAUGUCUGUGCGUCGUGGGUUUAUAUCAUGAAGCUCACUGCAAUGACUGAAUUUAUUUUAAAAGGUUUCGAAUUAGAUAUAUACAAGCCAUAUGAAUCAUUUUCCAUGUAUUGGUAUUGUUAUUGCUUGCAGCUUCAUCUAAAGGAUUGCCUCGAGAAGCUAAUAAAUUUGGUGUCUGAUAAAAUGAAUAGCAUUUAUGCGAUAAACAAAAAAAUGAAAAAGUUGAAAGCUGGCGAAAAAAAAGAGAAUGUAAGAAAACAAUAUCGUCAUGCAAUGGACAGUAUAAUGCCUGACUUAAAAGAAAGCACAUGUACAUUGUCUUUAUUACUAAAGAAAUGUGAAAUUCAUAGGGCUUUGUGUUUGGGGGAAGUGUUGCAGUUUGCAAUAUUGAGAUCUUAUCAGUUAAUUGAUGGAGAGAUUGGCAAUAAAUUAAUUGUUUCAAAUAGAAAAUUAUUGCAUGAUCUGCGAUUCAAAACAUUUUCAUCAAUUGGUGUACCUGAACUCCCCUCAUAUGAUGUCUUCAAGAAAACAUUGAGUGAUUUCACUGUCCAGGAGCCAUUAUUUGAUUUGAAAAUGGAGAAAACAUUAAAAUGUAUAACUAACGAACUCACAGUAGCAGAAAAAAAUCUUGCUGAAAUUAUUGCCCUUCUCGAAGAAAAUAGCAAUAGUAGCGAAGACUUUGCUGGAUAUGACGCUGUCAAAAAUGAAACUCAUGACUAUUACGAUACUAUUAGCAAGUCGAUCAUGGAAAUUAAAAAUAAUGUAACUGCACUUGUGAAAAAUCACAACAAUUAUGUUCAUGAUAAAGGUAAUUAUGAAAUGAUGCUGACUAAGCCAGAUAAGGCAAGUCCCUAUUAUGUUGUCAUGGAUAUGGUAGAGAAGCGCAGCCAUCAUAAAACUUAG